AUGAGCUCGAAUAGAUACCCAGGCACGGAAGAGGUUGACGAGAUGGACUACGAACAGCGAUUCCUCACCGCAUGCGCCUGCUUCAAGUCCUGUCUAUACGAAGAGUUCCGGUUCCUAGGUCUCGGAGACGGCAUCCGCUGCGAGGUCCUUCCAGUCCUCCAUAAGCUGGUGAGGCUGCUGGAGGCCAUAGUUGUUCUGGGUGAGGAGAUGGCACGGUCAUGUCCGCACUGUCGCACUGUUCGCAUUAGGCCCGAGGACCACUUCUUGGCUGAGUUUGAGCGCCUGUGUCGCGACCGCAUCAUGGCUCCCUUGAUGAAGGCCAUUGCUGAUCUUGAAGCUGACCAGGCAUCGACAGAGCCGAAGACGAGCGUUGACUUUAUUGUCGCUUCGGAUUUGGAUGAUAUUCGUCCCAGUACCAUCUUGCUCUCUGAUAAGGCGCUGCCUCUGGAUAUGAGCUCCUGUGUUCAACUGCAGAAUCUUUCUCGUCCUUGA